AUGGAUGAAAACGACACGGACUUCGACGAUGACUUUGCCGAUCCGACAAACAACGUCACCGGCAAUGGACGCCUGCCUGGUCCGGUAACCGACGUCGUCUUGCCGGUAUUUUACUCCAUAAUCUUUGUCGUGGGCCUGUUUGGUAAUCUGGUGGUCAUAACCGUCAUACUGAAGUACCACAAGAUGCGGAGCGUGGCUAACAUGUACAUUCUGAACCUAGCGAUAGCCGACUUAUGCUUGCUCUGCGUUCUGCCGUUUUUGACCACUAACGUGUUUUUGGGUUACUGGCCUUUCGGUGGCGUCAUGUGCAAGGUAGUGGUAGGCGCCUCUAACUUGAACGGCUUUGCGUCUUUUCUCUUCCUAAUGACGCUGAGUAUCGACCGCUACCACGCCAUGGUUCAUCCGCUCAAGUCGAGAAAGUACCGGACGAUCCGACGCUGCAAGUGGGCCUGCUUUGCCGUCUGGACCGGCGGCCUGCUCAUGGAUUUACCGUACAUUAUCUUCGCCAACACCGAAGAGCAGCAGCAGAAGCUUCAGUGCAUCCUAGACUGGCCCAACCAAUAUCUUGAUCAACUGGCGACGGUCUUUUCCUUCGUGAUUGGGUUUGCGAUCCCGGUGACCGUCAUCAUCGUGUGCUACUGGGCGAUCCUGGUGUGUCUCCGCCGCAGCGACCAGCCGUGCCUGCGAGGGACAACGUCCUCCCAGACCCAGGCCUCCCGCCGCAGACUCACCGUCCUGGUCCUGGUCGUGGUCAUCGUCUUCGUGGUCUGCUGGCUUCCGUACCAUCUCUUCGCCAUUUCACGGCUUCUCAUCGACCCUGAUGUCAUCUUCUCCGACCCCAAGACGGCAAACAUUGUCCAGAACGUGGCCCUGAGUUUCAACGUGCUUGCCUUCGCCAAUAGUUGCGUCAAUCCCAUACUCUACAGUUUUCUGGGGAAGAACUUUCGCCAAAGCUUCAAGCAACUCUUCUGCUGUAAUCGGCACGACGACGUAAACGCCCUGAGUACCAGGUAA